AUGGCGGCCCGGGCUGUGCUCGACGAGUUCACGGCGCCCGCCGAGAAGGCGGUGCUGCUGGAGCGGAGCCGCGGCCGCAUCGAGGGUCUGUUCGGCGUGAGCCUGGCGGUGCUCGGCGCGCUCGGGGCCGAGGAGCCGCUGCCCGCGCGGAUCUGGCUGCAGCUCCGCGGGGCGCAGGAGGCCGUCCACAGCGCCAAGGAGUAUAUCAAAGGAAUCUGUGAGCCUGAAUUGGAAGAAAGAGAGUGUUACCCCAAGGCCAUGCACUGCAUUUUUGUUGGGGCACAGAGCCUAUUUCUGAAGAGCUUAAUUCAGGAUACUUGCGCUGACCUCUGCAUUUUAGACACUGGCCUUCUUGGCAUCAGAGGAAGUGCGGAGGCUGUGGUCAUGGCCAGGAGUCAUAUUCAGCAGUUUGUAAAGCUCUUUGAGAAUAAUGAGAACAUUCCCAGCAGCCAGAAAGAGUCAGAAGUAAAACGGGAAUUCAGACAAUUUGUUGAAGCUCAUGCAGAUAAUUAUACAAUGGAUUUGUUGAUUUUGCCCACUUCCUUGAAAAAAGAACUUUUGACUCUUACACAAGGUGAUGAGAGUCUGAUCGAACCAGGAGAUGAUGAUGUUAUUGAAAUUAGAGGUGCAUACCAGUCAGAGUUUACACAGAAUGAUGCCACAGGGCUAAGUACUGCUAGAGAGGAAAAUGUUUUGCAGGAAGACGCAAGAAAUAAAGCUGGCACUCCUGUUUCUGAACUGACAAAACAAAUGGAUACAGCCUUUUCUAGUUCACCAGAUGUGCUUUUUGUUCCAAUAAAUAGUCUAAGUUCAGAUGAAGAGGCACUUUCCACAGAAAGAAUUUGUCACAAGAGGAGAUCUUCUGACUCAGAGGAAAGGCAUACCAAGAAGCAGUUUUCUUUAGAAAAUGUUGGAGAAGAGGAGGAUUUAGAUGAUGGUAAGACAUCAGCUGGAAAUGUAAUCAAUGACCUAUCUGAUUCUUGUACUAAUUUUGCAAAUGUAAGCCCAGAUGCAAAAGAUACUACUGAGGAAAUGGAAUACAACAUCCUUGUAAACUUUUUUAAAACAAUGGGCUAUUCCCAAGAGAUUGUUGAAAACGUCAUUAGGGAAUAUGGACCUUCUACUGAACCAUUGCUACUCUUAGAGGAAAUUGAAAAAGCAAACAAAAGGCUUCAAGAGGACGGAGAGUUUUCACCUGGCUCUGUGUAUCCAGAUGCUAAGACCAAAAAUAAAGAUGUUUGUAGUAGCUUGAAUGACCUUACAACAGACUCCCCUCCUAAGAAAACACAGAAUCACAGACAGCAAAAUAUGGCAGGAAAGUUUACUCAGUUACCAUUCAAAGAAGACUCUAAAUCAUGUACCUCAAAUUGUAAAAUUAAUUCUUGCAGAACAGUGCCAGUAGACCAGAAACAUGAAAUCUGGGGUUCAGACCAGAACUACAUUGCUAAUGUAGACAUUCAAACUGAUGGCAUUUCACCCUCUGUCUCCCCUUCAAGUCCUAAAGAAGUCAAUUUUGUUUCAAGGGGAGCUACAAGUCACCAGCAGAGAGUUGCAGUUUUUACUGAAAAUGGUGUGCAACAGCACUCAGAACCCUUGCUUCCAAAUAAUAUAAAAUCUGCCUGUGAAAAACAUUCAGGAUGUUGUGACUCCCCUCCAUCUAAGUCACAUUACCCAACCCUUUGUCCACCAGUGCCGCUGCCCCAGCUGCUGCCUUCAGCUACUGACGCACGCUUGGCAGGGUCUUCUGAUCAUAUUGAUUCCUCAGUCACUGGGGUGCAAAGAUUUCGAGAUACUUUAAAAGUACCCUACAAACUGGAACUAAAAAAUGAACCAGGGAGAUCAGAUUUGAAGCAUAUUGUCAUAGAUGGGAGCAAUGUUGCAAUAACUCAUGGUCUGAAAAAGUUCUUUUCUUGUCGUGGAAUUGCAAUUGCAGUUGAAUACUUUUGGAAGCUUGGAAACAGAAACAUCACUGUGUUUGUCCCUCAGUGGAGAACAAGACGUGAUCCUAAUGUCACAGAACAGCACUUCCUAACCCAGCUCCAGGAGCUUGGAAUAUUAUCUUUAACUCCUGCACGGAUGGUCUUUGGAGAAAGAAUUGCUUCUCAUGAUGACAGGUUUCUACUACACUUAGCGGACAAAACUGGUGGUAUUAUUGUAACAAAUGAUAACUUCAGAGAAUUUGUGACUGAGUCAGUCUCUUGGCGAGAAAUUAUUACAAAAAGGUUGCUUCAGUAUACAUUCGUGGGUGAUAUAUUUAUGGUUCCUGAUGAUCCUCUGGGAAGAAGCGGACCUGGGCUACAAGAAUUUCUUCGGAAGGAGGUCUUUCUUAGAGACAUGCAGCCGAUGCUCAAUAUGCCAAAUAUGGACACAUUUGAUCCUGGCUUCAGGAGCCCCAGCAUCCAGGCAGCCAGCUCCAGCCACCAGCCUGCACCCCGGAUUCAAGGAUCCCCUCCAAGCCCCUGGUUUCCUCAGCAGCCCCACUUCUCAACCCUGAAUACCCUUUCUGGUAUGCAGCAGAACCUGCCUGUGCCAGCACAGAGGUCCUCUGCAGAAACCAGUGAGCUGCGGGAGGCGCUGUUGAAGAUCUUCCCUGAAGCCGAGCAGAGACUGAAGAUCAACCAGAUCCUGGUGGCCCAUCCGUACAUGAAAGACCUGAAUGCCCUCUCGGCUCUGGUGUUGGACUGAAGGCUGCGCCGAGAAGCUUUGCCAGGAGGGCCAGCUGGUGACAUAGCUGCUGGCCGUGUGCCACGGGAAGUACUGCAAUGUGAAGUAACUGCUUCCCGCUGUGAGUCUUGUGCUGUAUAGGGCAGGAGGGGGAAGAAAGAUGUUUUGUGCAUACAUACAAAUACCUGGGUUUUCAAAGCCAGCUUUAUAUAUAUGUAUGAAUUAUGCUGCUAUUACAGAUUUAACAUUUUCUGUAAAAGAAAAGUACAUUUUUGCCUCUUCAGAACUGUUGAAUAGCAGUUAUUCUUGAGUGUAUUUACAUUUUUAUGUUUUUUAAACUAUUUUCCUUAAAGCUAAAGAUAAUGACAAAUGGAUAUGGUAGCCUUUCUAAAUAAAAUUUUUAAAAAAUUGCUUUCUUAAAGAAAGCAGGACCUCUUAAAGUAUAUUUUCUUGAGGUGAAUCUGCCCCACCCCCUACAUGGAGUACUCUCCCUCCUCACCUUCUCUGGAGUUGGGCUGAUCUGCUACUGUGGGGGUCUCUUCAGGCCACUGUGAGAGUGGACACCUGGAGCCACUAGAUGGCACUUAGUGCCUGGCGGUUGUCACUGACAGGUACCCUGGGCUCAGAAGAGUGGAACAAGCAGUGUUAGGGCUCCCAUGCUCCUGUACUUCUUCCCCGUCCACGGGGCGAAGAGGGAAGUAGGGCUGAGGGUGCUUCCUGUCCAGUUGGGCUUCUGGUCUCAUACUGUAACACAUGCACCUGCCCUGGACUCCACAGCCACAUUGCCACCUCAGAAGGCUAGACAGAGUGUGAGGACUGAUAGGGAGCCUCAUUACUGUGGCCACAACCUACAAGGAUGGGAGAUGCCCCUCCCCUGUGUGGUGUUUGUACAGCUUUGCCAAAAAGUUUCUAUUCUCAAGGAAGACCCAAGCCAAUAAAUAGCAGUAGUAGCUUUUGUAGGGGGUCCCAAAGCCCCUCUGUUUUCCUGAUUUUUCUCUCUAUUGGUCUCUUAAGUAGCUUUUCCUGUGUUGUCUAUUCCAGUAUAUUGUCUGUGCUCUCUUCUCAGUGUUGCUGCAAUUUUGUGUCUGUGAAAUUCUUUCCCUGGUAAUUCUUAGCAUCUUGACCUCAUCUGGACCUCCAAAGGGCUUUGUAUUUUCUGCCUGUGCCAUCCCUCAGCCAGACAGUCAGUUACACUUCUGCCCUGUGGAUCAUGGCUGUCUUCUGGCCCCCACCAAAUCCUGGUUGAGGACUUGGUGUUGGUUUAUUUUCCAUGUUGCAGGGGCAAGCAUCACUUAGAUGAAUCCAGAACCUUCCGGGUGGCCAUGCCUGCUCUGCAGCCAUGUUCUCUCCCAGAUGCCUACAGUGCACUGUCAGCUGUUGCUCUGAUGAAGGCUGCAUACCUGCCAGCUGUGCAAGUCAAAAACAAAGGCUUAAGGAGAGCCUGUCACCCAAGCACCAGCUUUAGAGAUGGGUGUUACCAGUCAUCUGAGUCAGGUGAGACCAUGAAGUGUGCCCUUCCUUCCACUGAUGCUGGAAAGAGCAUAAAUUUUCUAGGUUCUGGAAGCCAUUUGAAAUUAACCUUUGAGUUACUGUGUAAGUUCGUGUGUUCUUAGUAUUGCUUCUGAGAGAAAACCUGUCCCCUGUCCCUUCAUUUAGGAAGAUUAAGUGGGAGAACAGAAAGGCGUUAAUUCUGUUUAAACAUAAUUCUCAAUCCUUUCUGAAAUCUAUCAUGUCCAGUGAAGUUUGGCCUCUAAAGCCCACGAAACAGAGUCAUUACUUGUUCUCAGACACUGCCUUACCCCAGGCUCUGUGCCGCUUGAUGUCUGUGCAUGCUGGACCUCCAUCCCUCAGAGUCUCCACAGUGAGCACCCUUGGGGGUGUAGCAGUGGAUUCUGGGUGGUGUGCCUCUGCCUUCCCUGUGUCUUUACAUUCAUGUCAGGUGGUGGAGGGGGAGAACCAACUGGCACCACUUCCAACAGGCAAGGUGUCCGAUUCUCACAGAGGUGGUCUAAAUGAAGAGAAGUAACUAGUGGAGCGGAUGGAUUCCCAGCCUGUAUUGUUUCUUGGGCCCAGGCUGUCAUCUCUGGGAGGAAAAGGCUUGUCUGAUCUGCCAGCCUGUGUUUGAGAACCUGGAGGCCACUAGUAAGAGCGUUUAGAAGGUGCUGCAGCCAUCCUGGGUGGGGCAGGGCCCGCAUUGUUGGCUCAGCCGAAUGGCUGGGGCGUGGUGCAAGGUGAGGUAGUGUUGUGUAUAUGCAGACUUGUGAGUCAUAAAGGAGGACUCCGGGGUCUCCACCAUCCUCUCUGCCCCUGCCAAGUAACCCAGACCCUCUGGCUGACAGCUGCUGCAAACCCUGGGCCCACCUCACUAGGCUUGUCUUGGGUCCCAGCUUGCCCGCCACACCUCUGAAGUAUGGCUUUCCUUUGGGAAUCUCCAGCUUCACCUUUCUUCAGUACUGACCCACCCCCCACCCUCCUCUGCCCUAGCGUCCGGAGCCGUCUCCUCUGAGCUCUCACUUGUGUCAGCCACACUGCUCACCUUCAUCGUCUACCUCCCCGUUGCUCCCUAUGUACCUCUGCUCCUGUCCAUUGAAUAACCUGAAUAAAAUUCCCUGGAACCAUGUCCUUCUGUUGCUAAUACUCUCCUCCAGCUUCCACCCUGCUCCCCAGUUUGCAGACUUGGCUUUUGCCCACCGUGCAGCAGUAGUCUAGGAAGUCACUGGCACUGCCUGGGUGUUGUCGUAGUGUUCCGUUGUUUUCCCUUCGAGAUGCUCAGCAUUCCCUUCCCCUCCCUGAAGGCCUUCAUACGCUCUUAACAAAUGAUUCUCAAUCUGUAGGCUGUACUUGAGACUCGAAGAUUACCAGGCCUCACUUUGAAGUGUGGAUUCAGUGCUCUGGGGAAAGCUUGCAGGCUUCCACUUUCGCACUGCGAUGGCUCCCGGUUGGUCCAGGGCCCGUUUUGAGAGACUGCACUCACCUUAUGGGUCAUCUUUCUUCCUUAGUCCCACAGUCCCCUUUGUGGGGCCAAACUAAUCCCGUCCCUGUCCUUGUAGGGUCCUGACUCCCUGGAACCUUAGCCUGUAACUGUUGUGCCUCCUCUACUCACUCCUGGGAGGGCCCCUACGUCUACCCUCAGCCCUUGGCUUAUUAGUACCCACUAGUUAUUUUCAAAGCCUCACAUGGCAUUGGUUGCCUCUCCCUUCCUGACUCCAAAGGCUCCAGAUUUAUCUUUUAGAAGCCCAUUUUAGGGUCGCCUCCUGGGAUCAUUUGUGGGUACAACCUGAGCAUCAAGUUUAGACCCCCUGAGCCUACUAUCCAUGGCUGUCACCCCAUGGCCAUACUUGCUAGGGUGGUUGGGUGGUUCCAGCCACAUAGACUUCAGUUUCUCAUAGAUCCCUGCCUGUGCCCAUCCUUCUUUCCUGUUAGAAAUGUGGUCCUCCUAGAUGUCCUCUCCUCCAAGACCCAGUCCUGAGUCCUCUGUGCCCUCGCCCAAUGCUCUGACCAGAAAUAUCCCUGUGGCAUUCUGUGGCCCCACAGCACUUGGUGUCUUGCUUGUGGCACUUGCCACUCUGGCUGGUGUCACUGCAGCCUCUUGUGUACUGUGUCAUGCCUCCCUCUAGACUGUGAGCUCCUCGUGGGCAGGGACUGUGUUCAUUCUGUCAACUGAGGCACCUAGCACAGUGCCUUGCGCUUAGUAGGUGCUCAAUAAAUGUCUGUUCAAGUGAA